AUGUUUUGUGGCUAUUUCUCAAAUGAAUAUGAAGCAUUAAUGAUUAAUGGAAGGCGAUUCCCAGUGGUGGAGAAACCACUGAUGGGACUGCCAAAUCGGAGUAGGAGCUUUUCCAUAUGCAAUCCCACAUCCUUCCCAUGCAAUCAUAUAACGACGAUUCGCGUAACAUAUAACACCCCCCAAAUCUGCCCGAGAAUCAUGUCAUGAUGCUAGAACAGUAAUAAAUAGCUAAGAGAAUUUCACAGGACAUCCAGAAAUCCAGCCAUGAAUGAUUUCAUGGAAAUUCGGUGCUCCCAGGAGCAUCAGAAGAUCUAUCAGACUUGGUUUGCGUUUGUCGAUUCAGAUGGAGAUGGCCGUCUCACGGCGAACGAUGCUUCCAAGUUCUUUUCCAUGUCCAACUUGCCUCGUCCGGAUCUCAAACAGAUGUGGGCAAUUGCAGAUUCAAAACGGCAAGGAUUUCUUGAAUUUAAAGAAUUCGUUUUAGCAAUGCAGUUAGUCUCUUUGGCGCAAGCUGGGCAUACUCUCACCAGAGAUAUUUUAAACACUGAAGUUGACUUUGAAAACUUGCCACCUCCAACCAUGGAAGGUCUUGAUAAACUCCUUGCUAAGAAAAAGCGUCUAAGUGAACCUGAGAAUGGCAGUCAAAGACAAUCUUCAUCCUCAGUUAAUUUGUUUCAUUCUUCAAAAUCUUCAAAGAUGUCUGGGGCCUCUGUCACUUCGAUAAUUGAUGGGUUGAAGAGACUUUAUAUGAAGAAGCUGAAGCCCCUGGAAGAUACCUAUCAGUUUAAUAAUUUUGUUUCCCCCUCAUUGACGAAUAGCGACUUUGAUGCCAAACCAAUGGUGAUGCUGCUGGGGCAGUACUCCACUGGGAAGACAACAUUUAUCAAACAUUUGCUGGGAACUACUUAUCCAGGAGCUCACAUUGGACCUGAGCCCACCACAGAUAGAUUUGUUGUAGUGAUGAAUGGAGCUGAUGAGAGAAGUGUUCCGGGGAACACCGUUGCUGUUCAAGCAGAUAUGCCAUUCAACGGGCUGACAACAUUUGGGACUGCAUUUUUGUCAAAAUUUGAGUGCUCACAAUUGCCACAUCCUCUGCUGGAGAAUAUUACAUUUGUGGACACUCCUGGAGUUUUAUCAGGAGAAAAACAACGGACACAGAGAAGCUAUGACUUUACUGGUGUAACAUCUUGGUUUGCCUCGAAGUGUGAUCUCAUUCUGCUUCUGUUCGAUCCUCACAAGCUUGACAUUAGUGAUGAAUUUAAACGAGUUAUUGAAUCUCUACGUGGUCAUGACGACAAAAUACGUGUGGUUUUGAACAAGGCCGACCAAAUUGAUACACAGCAACUUAUGCGGGUGUAUGGAGCCUUGAUGUGGUCCCUGGGGAAAGUGCUAAAUACUCCUGAGGUUAUGCGUGUUUAUAUUGGUUCCUUUAACGACAAGCCUAUACGUGAGGGUGUUGGCGGUCCUAUGGGUAAAGAGCUUUUCGAAAAAGAACAGGAGGAUCUUCUGAGUGAUUUGAAAGACAUACCGAAGAAGGCUUGUGAUCGUCGUAUAAAUGAAUUUGUCAAACGUGCGAGGGCGGCUAAGAUACAUGCCUACAUCAUCGGUCAUCUGAGAAAUGAGAUGCCUACAAUGAUAGGCAAAGCUAAGACACAGAAAAGACUCAUCGAUGAUCUUGGUGAUGAAUUCGCAAAGGUCCAGAGAGAACACCAUCUACCAGCUGGUGACUUCCCUGACGUCGAACACUUUAGAGAGCUUCUGAGUGGAUACAGUAUAGAUAGGUUCGAGAGGUUGAAACCAAAGAUGAUACAAUCUGUUGAUGACAUGCUCGCACACGACAUCCCUCAACUUCUCCAGAAAUUCCGCAACCCUUACGACUAGUGAUGCAAACGCUGUUUUCAGAACUUCUUCAAAGUCAGAAACUUUGCCUUCUACCUCAAGAUUGCACUGCAGUGGAAAUAUACAGCGCCUGUGUCCGUUGUCAUAUGUACAUAUAUAUAUUGUGAACUUGAAGGAAAAUUCUUAGACAAAUCAGAUUUCGUCGUACCAAAGCCAUUUGAUCACUUUUGUCUACAAGUAAUUGUAUUUGUCAUAUGAUUGAUUCAUGUCCGAAUUGAUUUAGUACCAAAUUAGUGGGCUGGAUCUAAUAUGAGUUUAAAUGUAUGCGCAAAAGUAGAUGGGAUAGGAGAUGGGUCGGUUGGAGUAUGAUUGGAAUCAAUAUAAAAAAGAUUAUUUUUUUUAGUAGAA